GUUGCGGUGUCGUGAGCUUUACGGCUGCUGCUGCUUCUUCUGCCGCAUCGACCUUGUCUAGCAAAGGAUGGCAGGGAAGGCGUGGAGGUCAGCGAUUCUUAAUCUCCUAAGAAAGUGGGGCGUAACGCUCCAUCGCGAGGAUAAAAUCAAGGCACAGGAAGUGUCAUGGGCGGUUGGAGCUUUGAAGAAAGAGACUCCACAACCCAGGACGUUCACCAGCGGGAUUAAAACUGUAACAUUAAUCCCUGGUGAUGGAAUUGGUCCUGAGAUCUCCUCUGCUGUCAUGAAGAUAUUUGAAGCAGCCAAUGCCCCCAUUCAGUGGGAGGAAAGAAAUGUUACAGCCAUCCAAGGACCUGGUGGAAAGUGGAUGAUCCCUCCUGAUGCCAAAGAAUCAAUGGACAGGAACAAAAUUGGCCUUAAAGGACCUUUAAAGACCCCAAUAGCAGCUGGUCAUCCCUCUAUGAACCUGCUGCUGAGAAAAACCUUUGACCUCUAUGCCAAUGUGCGCCCCUGUGUGUCUAUCGAGGGUUACCAGACCCCUUACACUGAUGUGAACUUGGUUACCAUCAGGGAGAACACUGAGGGAGAAUAUAGUGGGAUUGAACAUGUGAUUGUCGAUGGAGUAGUUCAGAGUAUUAAGCUUAUCACAGAGCAAGCCAGCGAACGCAUCGCAGAAUAUGCUUUUGAAUAUGCAAGAAAUAAUCAAAGAGCCAGUGUUACUGCUGUUCACAAGGCCAAUAUCAUGCGCAUGUCAGAUGGGCUCUUCCUACGAAAAUGCAGAGAGGCUGCUGAAAAGCACAAAGAAGUGAAAUUCACAGAGAUGUACUUGGAUACUGUGUGUCUUAAUAUGGUACAGGAUCCCACACAGUUUGAUGUGUUAGUGAUGCCAAAUCUGUACGGAGACAUUUUGAGUGAUCUUUGUGCUGGACUAAUUGGAGGUCUUGGAGUGACACCUAGUGGAAACAUUGGUGCCAAUGGUGUUGCCAUAUUUGAGUCGGUUCAUGGAACUGCUCCAGAUAUAGCAGGUAAAGACAUGGCCAACCCCACCGCCUUGCUGCUCAGUGCCGUCAUGAUGCUUCGGCACAUGGGCUUGCAUGGCCAUGCCAAGAAGAUUGAAACUGGCUGCUUUGACACCAUACGAGACAAAAAGGUUCUAACGAAAGAUCUGGGAGGAAACUCAAAGUGUUCAGAAUUUACAGCGGAAAUAUGUCAAAGAGUGCGGGAUAUGGACUAAAAAGGUUUCCCAGGUGUCAGACUGGCUGUGUGUUGGCUGCUUGACAGCUGCGUUUUUAUUAUGGCAUGUAUAAUAUGCCCAAAAACUAGAGAAUAGAAGGCUUGCCUAUUUUACCACAAGCAGUGCACAGUACUCUUCAAAUAUCUAAUUAAAUUGUAGAUGUAGAGCGCUAUAUUGCCUCUGUAUGAGCAACAUGUAGAUCUACAUCAGAAGAGAAUGUGACUGGCUUGAAAACAAAUGUACAAAUCUUAAUAACAUUUAUGAGGCCAAUGAAUAUACAAACACAUAUAAAAACCUGUGAAGGGAGACGGGUGAGAGCAGGGACAUGCAGCCAACACAUGGCCCGUCUGAAUCCUGCACACACUGGAGCCUCAUGCAAUCAACACACAGCCAGUGUGAAGCGGUCCUUAGGAUCUAGCUCUCUUCACUUCAUCAUGAUAUAUUGUAUCUGCACAUUUUACACCAAAAUAUGUAUUUAAAGAAGACUCAGGAAUUGGAGUUCCUGAAUGUUAAGUUUUCUCUCUGCACACUCCAAAGCACUGUCUUCAACAUGUCGACCUAAAGUUACUGUAGAUGUGAAUAUGAAUCAUUCGUAAGAUUUGUGAUCUGUGUUGGAUAUCGUCUAUUUAUUGGCUGAAUAAAGCCUCUUGUCAGAUGUUUUUUACACAGUUAUUUAAACAUUGAAGGCACAUUCCAUUGACCAUCAUGAGCUUCCACUGUCAAAAGGUCACACUAAAAAAAUCAAUUAGUAGAUAUAUUAAACUUUUAUGUGGUUUAAAAAUGACAAUUGUGGCUUUAAUGAUAUUAACUCUGUUGCAUGAAAGUUUCAGAUGUCUUGGUGUAUUUUUUUUUUCACGUCUUACUGUUUUUCUUUCUGCAAAUAUCAUGAAUGUAAACUGUGAAGAAAAAUAAUAUUACAAUGAACUCAAAAAUGCUGGGCCCUUUAUUCAGUGAACUUGCCACUUGUUCGUUUCAUAAGCCACCUCAGCUCAUGAUUUUAAGAGUAAAAAUGAAUUGUGAAGCCACACUAUUCUCAUCGUUCCAUUAGCAAAUAUUAUUCAUUACUUCCAACAUAUUCUCAGUUUCCUCAAAAAUAUUAAGAAAUGAAAUGUUUUCCAUACUAUUCAUACAUUCUGAUUGUGUACACAUGACACAAAUCUAUAUUCAAUGCAAGUCAACAAGAAUGAUAAUAUAUGCAAGUGAAGCAUGAUUUUCAUACUUAAAGUUACACAGCCAUUUCUCUAGGAAUUUUUUAGAUAUUUUUUUGGGUCAUUUUUGCCUUUAUUGGAUAGGUCAGCUGAAGAGAGACAGGAAAUGU